GCUGCGCUGCCCCCUCCGCAUGCGGGGGUCCCGGGUGGGCGGCAGCCCCGGCCCCCCCCGCCCCGCCAUGGCCCGGCUCUCGGUCAAGGACCACCUGGACGGGAUCCUCUCCGACUUCGAAGCGCUCAAGAAGUCAUUUGAGGCAGAAGAUGGGGACGAGGCACCCGGCUCCUUGCUGUCCUCAGGCACCGGCGACAGCCACCAGCCACUGCAGCCGGGCCACCCGCCCCGCCUGGGCAGCGGCACCGGCCCCAGCCCGGCACCCAGUCCCGUGCUGCGGACCCGGCUCGGCACCGGCCUGGCCACCGGCCGAGCCAACGGCGCCGCCGGCACCGGCAUCGCCCGCGCCGCCUCCUUCCAGACCCGCCAGGCCUUGGCCACGGGGCCGGGCAGCGAUGGGGAGAGCCAGCGCAGCUCGUCCUCCAGCCUGGAGAGCCCCGCGGGCACCGGGCCCCCCCAGCCACCGGGCAGCUCCCCGGCCGCCAGCCCCGGCUUGAAGAAGGUCCCGUCCCACGGCAGCGUCUUCCCGGUGGAGCUGGAUCAUCCCCUCCGCGGGGCCGCCGCCAGCCACGGCUCUCUGCCAGCGCUGGACCUGCACAUCGCCGAGGAACCGGGCCUGGGGACGCCGUGGGGCACCCAGAGCUCUGCAGCCCAGCCUCGCACCCACCAGCCUUCCUGCUCAUCCUCCUCCUCCUGCCUGCCCCCAUACGAUGGCACAGAGACAGCCCCGGGGCUGCCCGCGCUCCCCGAGGGGCCGGGGGGGUGGGACACGGCUCACCGCACGGCGUCCCGGCCGCAGCGGAGGGUCGCCCUCAGCGCCAGCCCCAUCCCGUCCCGCCGGCCCCCUGCUCAGCCCUGGGGACAGGGGGAGGCAGCCCCGGCUGAGGGGAGGGCCGAGGGGCUGCCACCACUGCCAGCCCCCCAGGCCGCCACCUUCAGGCUGGUGUCGCAGCCGCAGACGGUGCAAGUGAGCUCCCAGCCCGCCUUCCUCGGGGGGCUGGUGCUGGUGCCGGCCCUUGGCACCCCGGCAGCGCCCGGCGGAGCCGGGGGGAUCCCCCCCAGCGCGGGGAUGAUGGCACCGCGGGGACCCUGCGUGGUGGCAGCGGCUCCCGGCGAGGCUGCGGACGGCAGCGGGGCAGCGGUGACGCCGGAGCACGGGAGCAGCCUGGAGCCCGAGGAGCGCAGCAUGGAGCCGCCGGCCGUGCCGGAGGAAGAGGAGGAGGAGGAGGAGAAGGAGGGGGCGGUGCCCCUCUCCAUGGCACCCGGCCCCGUGGGCUGCCAGCUCUUUGGAUACGUGGGAAUCGAAGCUGUGCUCGACCAGAUGAAAAUCAAAACCAUGAAGACAGGCUUUGAGUUCAACAUCAUGGUUGUGGGGCAGAGCGGGCUGGGGAAGUCCACGAUGGUGAACACCCUUUUCAAGUCCAAGGUGAGCCGCAAAUCCUCACAGCCCGGCCAGGAGGAACGCAUUCCCAAAACAGUGCAACUGCAGUCCAUCACCCACGUCAUCGAGGAGAAGGGGGUGAAGAUGAAGCUGACGGUGACUGACACGCCAGGGUUUGGGGACCAGAUCAACAAUGAGAACUGCUGGGACCCCAUCAUCAAAUACAUCAACGAGCAGUACGAGAGAUACCUGCGGGAGGAGAUCCUCAUCACCCGCAAGAGGAAGAUCCCGGACACCCGGGUCCAUGGAUGCGUCUACUUUGUCCCCCCAACAGGUCACUGGCUGCGCCCGCUGGACCUGGAGUUCAUGCGGCGGCUCAGCAAGAUCGUCAACGUGGUGCCGGUGAUCGCCAAAGCUGACACACUCACCCUGGAGGAACGGGCAGAAUUCAAGCAGCGGAUCCAGGAGGACCUGAAGACCCACGCCAUCAGUGUGUACCCGCAGGAGGAUUUCGACCAGGACCCCGAAGACAGGGCACUGAACGACAGGAUUCGUGAGAAGAUUCCUUUUGCUGUGGUGGGGGCGGACCAGGAGCACCAGGUGAACGGCAAGCGGGUGCUGGGCCGCAAGACCAAGUGGGGCAUCAUUGAAGUGGAGAACCCAGCACACUGCGAGUUCCCCCUCCUGCGGGACCUGCUGAUCCGGUCACACCUGCAGGACCUGAAGGACAUCACCCACAACGUCCACUACGAGAGUUACCGUGUGCAGCGGCUGAACGAGAGCAACCGGCCGGGGCUGAGCCCCCUCAAUGGGCUGCCCGGCAAGGGCGAGGCCAGCAGCCACCUCUGAGCCACCUUGUGCCCCCCCCAGAUCACCACUGGACCCCAUGGCAGUGCCCACCCCUGCCCACCAUGGCUGUGCCAGGAAUCUGCCUGGGGUGAACCCUCCCAAGAGUGCCCAGCUGCCCUGACAUGGGUCCCUCAUCCCCAAGCUCUGCCAUGGGCACAGACCCCCGGACCCUGUGUGACAUUAAAGGUUAAUCCAGAGCCUUCA